AUGUCCUACGACAACGACAACCAGUGGAACCAGAACACCCAGAACCGUGACCUUACCAACGACUCUAACAACUUUUCUGACCCUAACAACCUCGGUGGCAGCGGCGGUGCUGGGCGUCGUAACGACAACACCAUGGGCGACACCGGGUUCGGUGACUCCCAGAACCAGCAGCAGUUCGGCGGCUCUCAGGGCUACGGCUCAUCACAAGGAGCGUAUGGUGGAAACACCACCGAUGCGAACGUUCCCGGCGCAGGGGGCGACUUUGGCUCCACCGGUCGCGGCGGCGGCCUCCAACAGGGCGGCGGUGGCCUCCAGCAGGGCGGCGUCCAAGACGACAAAUGGGACAGCGACAACACUGGAGGCCAGACAUACGGCUCUGGCACUGGCGCUGGCGCCGGCGCCGGCGGUGACCAGUACGGUGGCAACCAGGGUUCUGGCGCAGGUUCUAACUGGGAUGAUACCAACGCUGCUGGCACCGGCGGCCAGAACCCCGGCGGCAAGCCCAGCUUCGGUGACCGUGCGAAAGGCACCAUAGAGAAGAUGGCGGGAACCGUUAGCGGCAACAAGGGCCUCAAGGAACGCGGCCAAGAGCGCAAGAUGGGCGAGUUCGACAACAACAACAACGACAACUACUAA